CUGUCAACUUUAAUCGAAAUGAAGGAAAAUCAUUAGUCUUCUUAAAUAUGGAAUAUUUACAAUAUAAUAUCGAUUAUAGUAUAAUAGAAUGCAUAUGUUCGUAAUCUCAAGAAAAUAUGUUAAAUUUUUUUCCUGAAGAAAACUGACAUUCAUCGAUUCAUUCAAUGUAAAAUUAAUCGUAACGUAACCUCCAAUAUUUGUUACCAAUUCAAAUCAAUUAAUAAGUCACAUUUCUGAAUUUAGUUAUAUAAUUUUCAAUUUUAUUAUACAGUUAUUUCUUGUUGAUUAAUUACCUCUUGUGUUUAUAGUUGUAAACGAGAUGUCGUGUGUAUUUCGAUUCAGAUCAUUAAUUGCAACCCGUUUUGCAAUAGGUCCUAUAAAAAAUUGGAAUAAUGUAAGAUAUUUCUCUACUGGAGAUGAAGCGAAUAAUGUUGGUAAUACAGAUAAAUAUGAAUCCGACAUCAAAUCAAAGAUAUUACAGGAGGCAUUGAAAUUCGUGCCAGAAAAAGGCUGGACCAAAGAUGCUGUUAGUGCAGGUGCAGAUGUUGCAGGUUACCCAGGAAUAACUCAUGGGUUAUUCCCAGGAGCGGGAGCAGAUCUAGUCAAUUUUUUUUUAUCUGACUCAAACAAGAAAUUAGUUGAGGUUUUGGAAAAUUAUCAGAAAGAUCCCGAACUUCAAUCAAUCACACCUGUUCAAUUUGUAGAGAAAGCUAUACAACAAAAGUUACUCAUGAUAGUUCCCUAUAAAAACAAAUGGCCUCAAGCUAUCGCUAUAAUGUCAUUACCUCCCAAUGUACCAAAAGCACUCGCAGCUCUUUUAACACUAGUUGAUGAUAUAUGUUAUUAUGCUGGAGAUAGAUCUGUAGAUUUCAAUUGGUAUGCUAGAAGAAUAGGUAUAGCCGGAAUAUAUAAAGCCAGUGAAUUAUAUCUUAUUCAGGAUUCAUCACCAAACCACAUGAAAACAUUUGAAUUUCUACAUAAAAGAUUGUCUGAAGCCGUUCACAUCCAUGACUUGAUAUGCAAAAAUGAUUCAACAGGUCCGGGAACUAAAGAUUCCAUAGUAUCAGCGUUUGUUACAGCCAGAAAUAUAUUAGGAAUGAAUUGGAAUAGGUAGUAAAGGUAUUGCUGUGUGUUAUUGUAAAUUUAUUGUUCUAAAAUAUUAAUGGGAAUGAGUAUCAAAUUUUAUUUAUACAUCUAUUUUUACCAAUUCAAUGUCAACUCUGAGUUUUUUGUUAUUUGAAAACGAUUUAAUCAGUUUUGUACUUAAAUGGGAAUAAUGAUUUGUUCCAUUGAGUCUUCAUAAAACAUUGUAUUUUUAUACAAAAAUGAAAAAUUAGAACAAAGAACCUAAGAAAAAUUAUUCUGUGAUUAUUACUAUAAGUAUUACUCAUUCCUGCUGCAUAAGAUAAAACUACUAUUUUUUUGUGAUAUUUGGCAUUCAUUUGUAUUCUAGAUGAAUGAAAUGAGUUUAUGAAGUUUGUUAUUUAUAAUUAACUCUUAAGAGCCUACUUUAUUUGUUUAGUGUUCAUCAUAAAAUCAGUGAAAUUUGUAAAUAUAUUAUAAUAUAGUAUAAAAUACUAGGUGAGAAUAUACUAUUAACUUUUGGAGUUUAAUAUGUAUUCAAUAAACAGUUCUUUCAAUA